AUGCCCUAUGCACAUUCUCUCAGUGAUAUUAGCCUGCGUGAAGAGAUAGUAGACACAAUCGUGCGCGCUUGCCUCGGUAUUGACACCAAUGACAAAGCUCUCUGGGAAUCCGCCUGGGCCACUGAAGACCCCGAUAUCAGCUUAACAUCCAGUGGCACAGCUCUACAGGGCAUGGAAAACAUUAAUAAAUACUGUUUCGACAAUGUCGGUCUGAUGGAUACCUAUCACCUCACUACUGGUAUUCGUAUUGAUGUCAAGGAUGGAGCAAAUAUAGCGUAUAUGACGGCCAAUGCUCUGAAUAAGCAUUAUGCUCCUGGUGAAGGCCUACAGGCAAAUGAAAAACAUUUAUUGGUGGGGUCUAAAUAUGAUAUUCAAGUCAUAAAGGUGUCAGUUGGUUAG